UAUUGUGCAGUUUUUAAAAAUCAACGCUAACAACUGCAAUGUUUGCACUUAUAAUUUCUACAGUAACUGUGGACUGUGCAGAAGCAAUUAGCAAGUACAAUGUUGGAAUCAAAUGUGCGACUAUCACACCAGAUGAGCAGAGAGUCGAAGAGUUCAAGCUGAAGAAGAUGUGGAAAAGUCCAAACGGAACGAUACGGAACAUCUUAGGUGGUACUGUAUUCCGCGAGGCUAUCAUCUGCUCCAACAUUCCCCGCCUUGUUCCUUCAUGGAAGAAAUCCAUCAUCAUAGGCCGUCACGCAUACGGAGAUCAGUACAAAGCAACAGACAUUGUUGUGCCUGGACCUGGGAAGGUGGAGUUGGUGUACACACCAAGUGGAGGUGGAGAGAAGCAGUCCUUCACUGUGCAUGAGUUUGAAGAUGGUGGCGGAGUGACUCUUGGAAUGUUCAACACUGAUAAGAGCAUCCGUGACUUUGCCGACAGCUCCUUCCAGUAUGCACUAUCAAAGGGCUUGCCACUCUACAUGAGGUUAGGUCAACUGUGGUGUAUCUACAAUACUGCAUCAUGGUGUUUAUACAUGUACUUCUAUACAUUACCUCUUAAUGUUCGAUUGGCAAUAGUUUGCAGCAACCUCAUAAAGUACUUGCGGAAUAUGUAAAAGAGAUGGUGCACAUUUAUGUGUAUUCGAAAUUAUGUCCGGCAA